AUGGACAACUGCAAAAAUAUCGAGCCAACACCAGAUGAUAACAAGUUGGCCAUGACAUUGUCGGUGGUUAUCUCUGGCUUCUUCACGGACGAGAAAGCACAAGCUUACAAAUUUCAUGAAGUCCUCCAAGUGCACAAUAUCAACAUUAUGGCCAUGACAAUUAGUGGCACCACCUAUGUCACUGACGGCGACAUACAGUACAAAGGUUUCCAUUACGCAAUCACCAAAGUUAAGAACGAGUUAGGGUCCAUGGUGACCGAACCCCACAUGCAAACCAUUCUAUAUUAUAUACAUUCUACUGAGUCUUUCACGAAGGCCAAGCCCACAUUUAGGUUCCCCUGUAUAACAAUCACUCUAUUUGGUCCGCACAUCGAUUUCUCAGCUGCUGUUUGGAGUACUCGUCCAAACAUGCAGGUGAUUUUGACUGCUUUACCUCUCUUUCAUCACCCCACUGAUAGCAAAAUGUGUGUGAUGGUCGCUCGGCACAUUGGUGCGUUCAGGAAAGCUCUUCGGUCCCUCUUGGCAUGUUACCAGGGCAUGACAUCCCCUUCUCCCGAUCAAGACCUCGAAUUUCUGGACUCUAAAUUUCAAGAUCCCAUGUUUCCAUACCCGUAUUCUUUCACUUGUAUGGAGACAUUGUUGACGUGUGAUUUCACAUACUACAAUCAAAUGGAUCAGUCCAGACUACUCUUUUCCGCUGUCAAGAUGACCGAUGACAAGAAGCUCUGCAUCAAGUUUGUCCGUUGCUACUCUAAGGAACUACCAGGUGGAUGGUACAUGGUUGUGAUGGAGAUGAUCAUGGAUGAUUACUGUCAUCUUCAGGAAAUUACCAUUCCUUACCCUCAUCACGAUGCCCUCGCUACGGAACUCCAGUCUCUUCAUCAAGGAGGUUAUGUUCAUGGAGACAUCCAGGACACAAAUAUUAUGGUAAAAAAGGACUGCAGCCCUGGAUUCAUGUUGAUGGAUUUCGACUGGUCCAGAACGAUAGGUGAAGCCCGAUACCCAAUGAAUGUAUAUCGAGGAGAAUGUCUCUGGAGACCUGAUGGAGUGGAAGAUGGACAGUUGAUCAUGCCCGAACAUGAUAUGCAGAUGUUGCACGCCAUAUUUCUGGAAGGCACCUUUGUUUGA